AUGAAGUUUAUCCUCUUCUGGGCUCUUUUGAACCUAUCUGUUGCUCUGGCCUAUGAUCCAGAUUACCAACAUGGCACUGCUCCCCCCUACCUGGUCUACUUGAAAUCUGAUUACUUGCCCUGUGUUGGGGCUCUGGUCCACCCUCUUUGGGUGAUCACAGCUGCACAUUGCAACUUACCAAAACUUCGGGUGAUGUUAGGGAUUACAAAUCCAUCAAAUCCUGAUGAAAAGGAUGUACAAGUUGUUGGCUAUGAGAGGAUGAUCCAUCAUCCACGCUUCUCAGUUACUGCUAUUGAGAAUGACCUCAUGUUAAUCAAGCUGAGAGAAAAUAUUGAACUCAAUGACUAUGUGAAAGUGGUCAGUCUGCCUGAAGAACCUGUCCGUGAGGAAGCCAUGUGCAUGGUCUCCACGUGGGCCUACAAUCUAUGUGAUGACUCCAAGGAGCCCGACUCACCACAGAGUGUGAACAUAUCUGUAAUCUACAGGGAUGAGUGCCUCGAUGCCUAUAAAACCCAAAGGAUCCAAGAAAAUAUGCUGUGUCUGGGCAUUGUGCCAGGAAGGAGGCUGCCCUGCAAGGAAGUCACAGCCGCCCCAGCAGUCUGCAAUGGGGUACUUCAAGGAAUAUUGACUUUUUUAGAUGGAUGUGUUUUGAGAGCUGAUGUUGGAAUCUACACCAACAUCUUUAAAUACAUGUCCUGGAUUAGAAAUACAAUCAGAGACAACUGA